UCAUAUCACGAGAAGGCCUGGAUGCGGGACGAAUUGUGGGCAGUAUCUGGUGGUGGCCGUGAUACAUUUGGUGGCUGGGCUGCAACUCUGAUAGACGCACUUGAUAAUCUCUGGAUUACGGAGUUGAAAGACGAGUUCAGACCAGCUACCUUAACUGCCGCCAAUAUCAACCUGUCGACUUCUACGGAUGCCAGAAUCAAGAUGUUUGAGACCACAAUCCGCUAUCUUGGGAGCUUCUUGGCUGGUCUGCUCGUGACCAUAGUGGCGAGAGACAACUGUCGACCAAGGCUGUUGAAGUCGGAGAGAUGCUGCUUGUUGUCUUU